AUGGAGCGCGACAAGGUUGAACAGCUCAAGGCUUUCGUCACUCUCUUAAAGUCCAAACCUGAUACGAUACACUUGCCCGACCUCGGUGCCAGUCUUAGCCGCCCGGCCAAUGGUACCGGCGACAAACAGGCGAAUUUUGACAUGCCAACUGAGUUGGAAUCAGAAUCCGAAGAAUCUGAUCUCGUUGAGCAGCCGAUGGGUGAUCCCCUCCUUGAGGUCACUGAAGAAAUGGAAGAUGAAUCAGAUUCAAAACGAAUGGAAGGCCAAAUGAAAUUGUCAGAGGGUGACAUACAGGGUGCAAUUGAUAUCUUCACUGAAGCUAUUCUUAAGAACCCAUUGUCAGCGUUGCUUCACACUCGUCGAGGCCACCCCGAGCAGCUCUUAAGGAUUGUGAAAAAGCUGUCGAACUUAAUGCCGACUCCGCUGCAGCCUAUAAAGUCCGAGGAUUUGCUCACAAGUAAUCGAGUCCCUUGUAUAUACUUUAGGAUGCUUGGCUCUUGGGAGGAUGCAUACAACGAUCUUCAGCUUUCCCUCAAGCUUGACUAUUCAGAGGAUGCGUAUGAGGCCAUAAAGUUGCUAGAACCGAAGCACAAACUCAUUAUAGAACACAAGAGAAAGUAUGAAAGAAAGCGGGAAGAUAAACUUGACAAACAGCGUCGUGAACGUGCAAGAAAGGCCCGAGAAGCUGCUGAACAAGCUUACAAGGAUAAUGAUUCAGGCCCAUCAUGCCCCGAUAAUGCCGAAGAUAUUUUCAGCGACCCGGAGCUCACUGCCUCCCUCCAGGAUCCUGAGGUGAUGGCUGCCUUUGUUGACUUAAUGAAAAACCCUUCCUCAAUCUCAAAGUAUGCGUCGAACCCCAAAAUCAUGAAAAGCGUAACCAAGCUAAAGAAUUUUGGCGGCGGAAUGGGGGGAUUUCCUGGAAUGCCGGGAAUGGGCGUUAAGCCGGAAUCCAGGGCCCCCGGCCCUACUAGUGGAGUUCCAAGGUGCGAUGAUCUUGACUAG